AUGAGGGGGGUUGAAUCAGCUUUGUUUGAGGUGUUCCCAAGAGCUACCAGGAGAAUAUGCUGCCAGCAUUUGUACUCAAAUUGCAAGGGUGCAGGAUGGAGUGGGACAACAUUUCAUAAGCUGUUUUGGAUUGCUGCAAAUGCCUACAAUGAAUAUGUGUUUGGAAAAGCAAUGUCCAAGAUAAAAGAGUAUGAUGCAACAGCAUUUGAUUACCUGACAAAUGUGGAAGAGCAGUGGAGUGUGCACAUGUUUGACAGGAUAGUAUGUUGUGAUCAUAACACAACAAACUUCGUAGAGUCAUUCAAUGCAAUAACAAAGUGCAACAGGGACAUGCCUCUAUUGACAUUGCUGGAAGCUGUUAGGAAUUGGUGCAUGAAAAGGAUGGGUUCCAGGUUCGAUAAAGCAGUGGACAUGGAACCAAAUCAGCUGACAGAGCAUGCACAGGGGGUGUUGGAUACCAGGACUUGUGAGUCUAGGUUCUGCCAUGUCACUGCAGCUGGUGGUGGAGAGUUUGAGGUGAGGGAUGGCCAUGUCAAGUUCCCUUUCACACUUGGGAAUAUGACUUGUGGGUGUGGGAAAUGGCAAGGAUUAGGGAUCCCAUGCAAGCAUGGUCUCGGGGUCAUUUACAACCAGAGAUUUGAACCCAGGGACUUUGUGUCCCCUUUCUACAAGGGGGCUGCAUACAAACUGACUUAUGGAGACCACAUCCACCCCAUGGCUAAUCCAAAUCACUGGUCAUCACUUGAUGUGCCAAGAAUUGCACCACCCCAAGGCAAAAGAAGUGCAGGCAGACCAGCUAAGCAAAGGAGAAGAGCCCCUCAUGAAGCAAAAAAAGGAAAGAGGCACAAGAACAACAAAUGCAGCCUAUGCAAAGAACUGGGACACAAUGCAGUGACCUGUAAGGCAAGAAAGGCAGAAGCGAAGAAGGAAGAAAAUGCAGCUUCCUCUUCACAGCAAGGCAACAUAAGGGGGAAGAAGAGAAAGACUGCUACUUAG